AGAGACACAUUCUCAACUAUCUCUACAUGCGACAACAUGGCUUCCAGACCCUCUCUGACUGAAGAUGAUUUCUCCUGUCCUGUGUGCUAUGACAUCUUCAGGGAGCCUUUACUCCUGUCCUGCUCCCACAGCAUCUGUAAAAGCUGCCUGCACACUUUCUGGCAGGAGCGAGGAGCUCAAGAGUGUCCCAUCUGCAGGACCGUGUCCUCCACCCCUGAGCCUCCAUUGAACAUCGUACUGCACAACAUGUGCGAGGCGGUACUGAAGGAGCGGAACCGGAGGAUGUCAGUGGAAAUGGAGGGGCUCUGCAGUAUACACCAUGAAGUUCUUACCCUGUUCUGUGUAAAGGAUCAGAGGCCUCUCUGCACCAAGUGCAAGGACUCCACAUUACACAGCAGGCACACUGUCUGCUCCAUACGGGAAGCAUCACAAGACCUCAAGCAUGUUCUCCAGAUGAAACUGAAACCCUUACAUGAGAAGAUUAGAAUCUAUACGGACUUCAGACAAUCCUGUCUUAAUACUGGAGAGCACAUUAAGAAACAAAGCAAAAACACAGAGACAAUGAUCAGGAGGGAAUUCGAAAAGCUUCACCAGUUUCUCUGGGAUGAAGAGGAGGCCAGAAUAACUGCACUGAAAGAGGAAGAGGAGCAGAGAAGUCAGACAAUGAAGAAAAAGACUGACAAGAUCACAAUUCAAAUAUCUAGUGUAUUGGAUACCAUCAAUGCCGUUGAGAAACAGAUACAAGGAGAAGAUUUGUCAUUUCUUCUGAACUACAAUGCUUCACUUGAAAGAACUCAAGCCAAACUAGAAAAUCCAGAGAAAUUAUCUGGAGUUCUGAUCAAUGUGGCAAAGCAUCUGAGCAACCUGAGCUUCCAAGUAUCAGAGAAGUUGCACGGCUUUGUACAAUACACCCCUGUUUCACUAGACCCUAACACUGCCCACGCUGGCCUCAUAGUGUCUGAUGAUCUGAUCACGGUGGCGUAUAAAGGCGAACUUCAGCAGCUUCCUGAUAACUCAGAGAGGUUUGAGGGUUAUGUGAGCGUCAUAGGCUCUGAGGGCUUUAAUUCAGGCACACACUGCUGGGAUGUUGAGGUUGGAGACAACACAGCCUGGGCCGUGGGUAUCAUCUCAGAGUCUGUGUGUAAGCAGAGCGAGAACCACUCACGGUUUGGUAUAUGGUAUAUAGGUUUCUCUAAUGGCAAAUAUGGUAAAGGAUAUGCACCUGAGAUCGUGACCCCUCUGCGGGUUAACAAGACAAUCCAGAGGAUAAGGGUUCAAGUGGACUUUGACAAAGGCAAAGUGAUCUUUACUGACUCAGCCCGUAACAUCUGUCUGCACAUCUUCAAACAAUCUUUUAGGGAGAGGGUUUUCCCUUACUUUUACAGCCACUGCAAACUCCAUCCUCUGAGAAUAUUACCAGCAAAAUCUUCAAUGCCCAUUAAGAUACACAGUUAGAUAAUACCAGACACCAAAGCUGUCUCUCUUUAAAUGGUAUCUUAUUAUGUACAUUGCAGAUGAACAGUCUAUUCCCUACCAAAAAAAAGCCAAAUGUGUGUGUAUUAUAUAUAUAAUGUAUGUACAUAUAUCUCACAGGCCACUUUAAUGAGAGCACCUGUACACCUGCUCACUCAUGCAAUUAUCCAAUCAGCAAGUGCUGCAAAGUGCUGAACUUCCCUGCAGAACAGUCUACAGAGUUUAUACAGAAUGAUGAACAAAAAAACAUCCAGUGAGUGGUAGUUCUGCAGGUGGACAGAUGAUAAUGGCCUCUGUCAUUUGAGCAGACAGGAAGGCUACUGUAACUCAAAUAGCCACUCUUUACAACUAUGGUGAGCAGAAAAGCAUCUCAGAAUGCACAACAUGGCUUGGCAGGUGAACUACAACAGCAGAAGAUAAUGAGUCUUUGUUUGUCACUUAUACAGUGCAGCACAGUGAAAUUAUUUUCUUUGUAUACCCCAGCAUGUUAGGAAGUUGGGGUCAGAGUACAGGGUCAGCCAUGAUACAGCGCCGCUGGAGAAGAGAGGGUUAAAGGCCUCGCUCAAGGGCCCAACAGUGGCAGCUUGGCAGCACAGGGGCUUGAACCCCCGACCUUCCGAUCAGUAACCCAGAGCCUUAACCUUCAAGCCAUCACUGCUUUUUAUUAUUAUUAUUAUUAUUAUUAUUAUUAUUAUUAUUAUUAUUAUUAUUAUUAUUAUUAUUAUUAUUAUUAUUAAAAGAUCCCACUGGGUUCCACUUCUGUCAGCCAAGAACAGGAAUCUGAGGCUACAACAAAGGCGCCACACCCACACACAUACACACACUUAUGUACUCAUUCACAUCUCGGGGAAUUUUCAAAUGAGGCAAUGCUACCAUUCAGCACAGUAAGUAGUGUGUUCUGCAGAUGGGUGCACUGGCUAUACUAAAUUGCCCUUAGAUGUGUGUGUAUGAGUGUGUGGAUGGUGCCCUGUGAUGGACUGGCAGCUCCCAAGGGUGAGCUCUCCUGCCUUGCACACAGUGAAUGAAAUAUAUAGGUGCCUUGCAACCCCAUUGUGAAACCCCAAAAUUAGUUAUUUUGGAAAGUGACAUGAUAACAUUUUUUUGUUUGCUAAUAAAGAAUUACAUAUCAUUAGCAUAUGUUGUCUGUAGCUGAGUUUAUGGCCCUAGUUCUUUUUGCAAAACAUUAAAUUUAAUUAAAGUCCACAAGAAUAUUUUAACUUAUAAAUUCGGAUUCUAAAUUCAUUUGGUGGGCCAGAUUAUAAAAUUUAUCAGGCCAGUCCCAGCCUAAGGGCCAUAAGAUUCUCAUGCCUGAUUUAAAGUGAACAAACACAGUAUUGAGAGACUAUUCAGAGAGUAUUGAGAGAGUAUUGGGAGUUUCCAGAAGUUAAGGGAUAUUCUUGUUUCUCUGAAUUAAUUGCAAGUAAAAAAUAAAGAACAUUACUGUGGUGUGGGAACUAUGUAUAAGCCAGCUUUAAAUUUGAUGAUCAAGCUGUUCAAUAACCUAAUCAGACAAAUCAUUUUCAUGUUAAAGACAAAUUAUUCAAUCGCGUUUCAAUUAAGUUUCUUGUUACUGUGAUCUUUCCAUUAUUUUGCCUUGUGUGGCACAAUCAUUGAUUGUAAAUUACAUUUAUUUGACUUGAAGAUUACUUACUGUGCUUGGAUAAUUCUUCUUGAAUAAAGUCCUAAAGCUGAUA